AGUGCGUUAGGAUUGUUUUAUAAUGUCGGUAGUUCGUUGUACUGUGGUCUAUAGAAGUCUAAAUCGUGGACUCUCUGUAAACCGCUUCAAAAAUUCACAAACAAGAUCAAAAAGUGAAAACACCUCAUCUGAUGUGAACAAUUUGUCUAUUCCUGAGAAAAGUUAUGCAAAUGAAUCGAUUACGAAAAAACGAGCAAGACUUCAUUGGCAAAGUAGAAAAAGGGGAAUUUCGGAAAACUGUUUGAUAUUUAGUACCUUUGCAGCAAAGUAUCUAAACAGUUUUUCUCCAGAACAAAUUGAAAUUUACGAUAAAAUCUUGAACAAACCAAACAAUGAUUGGGACGUUUAUUAUUGGAUGGUGGGAACAAAGAAUGUUCCGAAUGAAUACCAAAGUGAAAUAAUGGAUAUGUUACAAGAGCAUUGUAGAAACAACAAAAAAGAAGAGAGAUUUAUUCAACCAGCUCUUGAAUAUGAACCCGUGCCAGCUAAAGAAAGUUAAAAAAUUUGGAAAAAGUUUCUUUUAUGAACAUCAGCACUCAUCCAACCAGAAGAGGUGCAUUUGAUGAGUUUUAAUACUGCCAGGUGAAAAAUUUGCGCUGUUUAUUCUUGCUCUACAAUAUAUUGUGUGAAUAUGAAUAAAUAUUGUGGUAACAAAAUACCUUGUUUUGGUAUUUUGUUUAUUUUGCAUAUUAUGUUUCAAGUUAUUUUCAACAUUUUUUGUUGCAUUUGAAAGAAUACAAAACCAUGUUACAUAA